UGAACUGCGAAGCGAUUGAAGCGGCAGGCUUUUUAUUCCUAUCUUGCAAUUGCGUCUUCUUGUGUUCUGGAGAACUUAGAAAGUUAUGGGACGAUCAAGUCGCCGACACGAAUACCCAUAGACUUGCUGUCUUAAAGAUAGGUCCGGCAAACACAGGGAAAAGUUCCCGGGGUCGUGUCUGAUUUGUACGAGCUAGAUAUUUUGGAUAUUUUGGUCACAGAAACAGCGUCAUGUGGACCUAUGGAGGAAGCUUCGAUUUGUGAAAACGGACAGCUCGAAUUACCUGAAACAUACCAGGUGCUUGAGGCACUUAAUUAUCCGAGCAGCUGUACUAUGAAUCAGGGCAGUCAUACUGUUAAUUACAUGUUAUAUAAUCAUACAUACUGUAAGUUAUAAUAUCAGUAAUACAAUUUGAUGUUAUCUGUCGUGACAUAACAUUUAUAUAACCUAGUUUUCUUAAAAUAUUUGAACGUGAAACAUGAGGGCACAGUGAAAAUCGUAAGUAGCUGAAUUAAUUUAAUCAAAUAUAUCCUCAGCUUGUGACCGAAAGGACUUUCCCAAUUAUCUGAGAUACUCUACCUGCCGAUAGAUCGAGAAAUCGCUUCAGAAGGGAAGCCGUUCAAACCUUCGUUAUUCACAAGGCUCAAUGGAUGUACUAUCAGAUCUUAAUGACCUGUGGUUAUACCCAAAGAGUGUUACAUGCUCCAGAGCUGGUUUUCCUCCUGUUCUGAGCCCCGUGUUUUGGGAUAAUAACAAUUAAAAACUACUGUGUUUUACGUGCCCAUUACACCAUUUUAAUUUAUCGUGUCAAUUUGGUUGCUACACUUAAUCUCUGCUUAGAAACUCUUUAAGCCUGCCGGGGAGAUGGCAGCGGCAAUCGCCAGCUCACUGAUCCGACAAAAGCGGCAGGCUAGGGAGUCCAACAGCGACCGCGUUUCCACUUCCAAGCGGCGCACCAGCCCGAGCAAAGACGGGCGGUCCCUGUGCGAAAGGCAUGUGUUAGGGGUUUUCAGCAAAGUCCGGUUCUGCAGCGGCAAGAAAAGACCAGUUCGGCGGAGACCAGAUGCCUCCUCUACUCUUCAAGUACAAGUUGCACAUAAGGGGCGCAGGCUAGAACCCCAGCUGAAAGGGAUUGUCACCCGGCUGUUCAGUCAGCAGGGUUUUUUUCUGCAGAUGCACCCUGAUGGCACCAUUGAUGGGACUAAAGAUGAGAACAGCGACUACACUCUCUUUAAUUUAAUUCCCGUUGGACUGCGAGUGGUAGCAAUCCAGGGAGUGAAAGCUGGUCUCUAUGUUGCGAUGAAUGGGGAGGGAUUCCUCUACAGCUCGGAAAUGUUCACACCGGAGUGUAAAUUUAAGGAAUCCGUGUUUGAAAAUUACUACGUCAUCUACUCCUCCACCCUGUAUCGACAGCAGGAGUCUGGCAGGGCCUGGUUCCUCGGCCUUAACAAGGAAGGGCAGAUCAUGAAAGGCAACCGAGUGAAGAAAACGAAACCCUCAUCACAUUUUGUACCAAAACCCAUUGAAGUUUGCAUGUACAGAGAGCCGUCACUGCAUGAAAUCGAAGAGAAACAACGCUCGAGGAAAAGUUCUGGGACUCCCACAAUGAACGGAGGCAAAGUUGUCAACCAGGACUCGACAUAGCAGGAUCCCAAAACUCCGUGAGCACCAGAAUGGACAGGCAGCACCACCUCCUGCUUAGGAUUCCGAACUCGUUCCCACUUUCUUACACAUUGUUCAACAACAACAAAAAAGAAGAAGAAAACAAAACUGAAUUCUUGCCUGUGACAUGUUUUAGAGGAAAAAAAGAAAAACAUAUUUUAAAUCAGGACUUGAAUAUACAGUACAUUUUAUGCAAAAGUCUGCUUUGUGACAACAAGGAAGUUCAUCUCUUCUUAACAAUAAAACAAAGAUUCAAAAAUAUGUUCCAGAAUUUAAGCUUUGCCUAAUGGAAGCCAUGAUAGAGUUUCAAGUGUUAAGUUAUUAAUGCUGUGACACUUUCACUUGCUUAUUGUUAUUAUUUCAGCUGAUAUGUUGUGUCUGGAUGGAUUAUUGGCGUAUGAAUAUGGACAUAAAUCUGCACACCAACAGCAGCAUUCGAGCACUUCAGUUUGUUUACAAUAUUGUUCUGUUCAAUUUGAGUUUGUUGUGUGCGUCAUUCUCUUCUAUAAUUUAGUAAGGGUCAGCUCAGUCCAGUUUUGUUAGUUCCAUUAGAAGUAUGCAGGAUUCAAAGAUGCGCUCAUAUCACCUGCUUGCAAUGAGCUGUCGUUCAACACUUUCUGCAGUGUUAGCUGUCUCAAACUUGAUGCAGUCCUGUGUCAUGAAAAAAGGGAACUGAAGUAGUUAAUUAUGUCAAAGUGUGAAAGAGUUGCCAAAUGCCUGUACUGUACAUUUACUGACAUCCUGGAAAAUGGGUUCUAAUGUUUAAUUAUUUUAAUAUUUUGGUAUUUAGUGUAGUUAUUUUGUCUUACCCAUUAUAGAAUAGCCAGUUUUUCAUAUCUUCUCCGGAGAUACGAUACAGGGGAGAAAAAGGAAGUGUAGACAGACUCCUCCUACUCUCCCGCCUUUCAAGCAGUCAUCUUUUAACACCUCACAGGCUGCAUAGCCCCAUGCAAGAGACAAUGCCUGCAAGCUUCCAAGAGGCUGAAGGCUUACCAUAUUGCUGAGAGCUGAAAGAGCCCCAGCCAGCUCAUCCUGCCCUCUCCUGGACACAUGCAGCUAAUAUUACCACCCAGGCUCUGUCCUGCACCCUGGGAAGCACCAUUAUCAACUGAGCCACCUUUAACAUUGUCCAGAGAUCCUAAACAUACACAAAAAUGUCUCUCGUUUUCCAUGAAAAUAGCCAGGUUUGUAUUAAGAAGCCAUUUCAGAUUUUGUGUUGUGACUGCAUGAAGGAAAGUGAAAACAGAGGGAAAAUGCAGUUGAAAAACAUUGAAAAAUGCAGGAAGUGAGCUAACCCUAACCCUACCAAUUUCAGGAGUUGUGAGAAUACAACCCCAUCCUGGAAAACCAAGUCCAUGAGAAGAUGUUUGCAAAAACUACCAGGCUGGCAACCCUGCAAUGUGAUACACAUAGGGAAUGCCAGGUGAAUUACGAUCAAGCCAUUUUGAAACCUUUGUCUCUAGAAUAGAAAGGGAUAUGUGUGUCGUCUUGUUGAUUUGUGGAACUUUGUAAACUCAGGAAGUAACAUUCUUGCCCAAGAAAUGAGAUAGCCAUAAAAUGCCUACUGCAAAACCGUUAAUGUACAUUUUCUGUGCUCGUGGGUAAUACCAUUGAGAACAUAGUUGUGGCUUGGGGUGCUACUAGGCUGAUACCUUAGAAUUACAGUGUUUGAAGAUUCAACAUAUCUCUGGUUACCUUUAAUAAGGAUAUUAAUAUUCUGUCUUAAAAUACUGUAUUACUGUAUCUUUUCAAAUGUCUUCCACUGGGGAAUGAAAAUAAGGAGGGAAAAUGUAUUUUUCUGUUGAAUAGAAAGUCAUGUCAGUGUUAGAUACUCUCCAUCUCUCCACCCUUUAUGUUGGAGCAUUGACCAGAACCCCUUAGGAAAGCUCAGUAGUUCAUUAGCAGAAAGCUACUGUAUCACAGCAUCAAUGAAAGAGAGAAGCAAGCUAGAUGAGCCCUGCUAGAGACCCUCUGCUAAUGCCACAGUACUGUCGCUGUAAGGUAAGAAGAGUCUUUCCACAUGAAAAACCCUGGAAAAUUUGAUUGGUUUGCGAACUUUUGCACCUUUGAAAAUACACAUCAUAAAUGCAUUAUGGAAUUUAAAAACUAAUAAAUAAUAAGCAGAAAGAUGAAGAAUAAUCAUUUAAAAAUAAAACAUGUUAAUGGAAAUUGCAGUGGUUCUUUCUGGGUUAAUUUCUAUAGCGCAUCAGUCUCUUCCACAAAAGAGUAUGUAAAAAUGAAGGCUGUAUUUUGAAUUGACAGAAUUUCACUAUUUCGGUCACUAUCAUCAACAAAGCUGGAACAAAUGUGCUGCCAUGGACUUCAGCUGACUUCUGACUUUUACUGGAGUUUUGAAGGUAAAAAUGUUUGUUAAUGCCCACUCACAACUGAAAUUGGGAUAUUCUUUUAAACAUAGGCCACCAACUGGUUUUACUAUAGCUUCAAAGUAUUUCAGCGAUAUAAUGUAUAAUCUAUAUUGUUUACAAAUCUGCUGGAGAAUAAUGGAGAAUAAUAUGCUCCUGUAUACAGUAUCUUUGUACAAUUGCAAAUGAUCAAGUCAAUGAUAUCCAGACUAACCAAACUGAUCAUUCCAAUUUUAAGGUCUGUAGAUAUUUAUUUUCUUUAAAUGUGUUAUGCAUCUAAUAUUUGUGUAAUACUACAUAUAUUGUAAUGUGAGAUACUGUUCAGUUAUGGCUUUGAAUCUCACUGUUCAAAAUUAUACUGCUGUAUGGAUUAAAAUAUGACUGGACAAUUUAA